AUGACAGUUGACUCUUUUGUUUUGCCCCGUGGAAUAUACACCCCCAUCCCAACCUACUUCAAGAAGGAUUACUCCUUAGACUUAGAAACCCAAGUAGAGCACGCAAAGUUUUUACAUAAUGCUGGUAUCAAUGGGCUGGUCGUCGCUGGAUCCAUGGGCGAGUCUACACAUCUGACUAGAGAUGAAAGAUUGUCACUUUUCCGUACUUUGAGAGAGGCUGUCCCUGAUCCCAAUUUCAAGAUCAUUGCUGGAGCUCCGUCAGGACCUGUGGAAGAGAUUAGAGAGGAGAUGAGGUUGGCAAAGGAAGCAGGUGCUGAUUUUUCAAUUAUAUUGGUCCCGGGAUACUUCGGUCCAAACUUGAUCAGCCAAGAGGGGAUAAUAGAAUACUUUGAACUUGUUUCCAAGGACUCUCCGUUGCCAAUAAUUAUUUAUAACUACCCAGGUAACUGUAAUGGUGUCGAUAUCAAACCGGAAACAUUUGAAAGUUUGGGUAAGCUUCCCGCAAUUGUUGCCGUCAAGUUGACACAUUUCAACUUAGCAACUUACACGCUAUUGGGACAGAAUACCGACCUAAUCGAGACGUACAAUUUUAGGCCCUUUACAGGCUUAGGUCAAGUUUUAAUUCCCUCAUUAUCUGUUGGGGUUUUUGGUGCCAUUGAUGGAUUAUCUGGAAUGUUCCCAAAGAGUAUGUUGAAGAUAUUGGAGCUAUACGACGCUGGAGAGUUACAAAAAGCUCAAAAGAUUCAAUACUUGGUCACCAAAGUUGAUGAAAUGGUCACUGCACUAAAUGUAGUUGGAGUCAAAUACUCACUGAAUAAACUGUAUGGAUACGGAGAAACUCUUACAGGAAGACCACCUUUGAGUAAACCUGCCAACCUAGAAGUUUGGAAGAAGUAUGAAAUUGAAUUUAACGAGCUAGCUAAGCUAGAGAAAUCCUUAUAA